AUGUUUGAUUCAUUGACAGGCUUGGAGUCUUCUUCAUCACCAAUGAAUCUUGUACCAAAAUUCGAAACCCAAGAAUCUGACAUUUCUGCUUUCUCAUCUUAUGAUGAUCAAUCAAUCUAUGACGAUUUGCCGACGACAUUUGAAGAAUUCGUGAACUUAUUGGAUCAACUCCAAUCACAGCUUGACUCUCCAACCGCUUCUCCUAUUCAAGACAGCGAUUUCAAUCUAGAGAAUCAACAAAAUGAUUGCGCUUUUUCUUCUUCUCCAAACUCAUCUGAAGAUGGUUCGUUCAUUUUUCCGGCUAAAAUCAGAAGGAGUUCAUCAUCAGCAUCAAGUAGGAAAUCAAGAGAUACCGAGCCUUGCGCAGUCUGUGGAGAUGGAGCCUAUCACAUCCAUUAUGGAGUGCUCACUUGUGAAGGAUGUAAAGGAUUUUUCAAGAGAACGGUUCAGCGAGGAAACACCGAUUUUACUUGCAAGAAAAAGGGCUGCUGUGACAUUUCAUUUCUAGUUAGCAACACUGAAGAUUUUCAAAAUACUUUGAACUCCAGAACUCGUUCCCUUUGUCGGCCUUGUCGAUGGAAGAAAUGUCUAGACAUUGGAAUGAGUCCGAAUGUGGUUCGAAGUGGUCACCUCGCUGGACGUCGGGGAAAGUUGCCGCGAAGAAGGAGCUACUUG